UUCACGCUCGUUGCACUUCGACGGUCGCGUUUGUUCACGUCGGCAAGCCACACACGAAGCUCACGUGCGCGUUUUGAUUCUUCGAAUCGGCGACACAGGUUGCGAAUACACACAAAUUUCCGCCGCAGAAAGCAACACACUGCAGAUCCUUAUCACAGCAGAUGUUUGCUGAGCUCGCACGCAAUGGCCUUUUUUAAAAACGUCUUGUGCUGCUCCGGCGACAGCGAAAUAUUUGCCAAUUUAGACAAUUUGCAUCAGCACGGUGAGCAUUAUUCUCUGUACGUGGAACUUUUGGACAAGGGCCAGGAAAAUGAAAUCACAGGAGAACUCCUGAAGGAAGCCAGUCAAGAAGUUGCGAAUCAUUUUGAGCAACUUUCGGACAAAUACUUGGCCGUUUUGGAAAUCAGUGAAAGUAAAAUGUCCGAGGAAGUAAAAGGGAAGGUGCGGACGGCGUGCGGAAUGUCCAAACUUCUAGUCAAAGAAAAAUUGUCACAGUUCGAUCAGUUUGUGGCCGACUACGAGCAAAUUCAAAUGGAUGAAGGUGGCGGUGGAAACAAAAAGCUGGUCAAACUAGACGACUUGAAAAGUUUCUUCGAGUUGAUUUCCGUGCAAGUUACCGACCUGGAUGAAAUGUUUGACGACAUCAAAAGGUUUCGAGACCACGGGUGGAAGGAAGUGCCGGAGGUGACAGUGAGCGACGGUGACUUGACAAUGGAACGCAAGAGCAGCAAAAUGAAGCUGGUGAUCGAGCCGCCGGCGCCGACAAAGAACGCCCAGGCCGAUUUGGAGCGACGAGAACACCAAAGGGCUGAACUGCGCAAAAUAAUGCGCUCGCAGGCCGCCGGAGUGGCGAAAAGUGAGGACGACAUCACAAUAUCCAUUUACGAGGGCAAAAAGACGGACUGAGAUUACAUUUACAGAGGGGCCGUGGGAAAAUAUUCAUUGAUUUUUCUUCAACUAUUUUGGCGUGCAAGACGCAUUGUGUCCCAAAAGCUUUAAACUAAUUCGACAACAUUAAUUGAGAUUCAUUCUGUAAAUAAAUUUCCACAGUGGAAGCACAAAAAUUAUUGGUUAUUUAGGAGUACUAAAAUAUAAAAUAGUGUUUCACUUGUUUUAUUAAAUGUGAUUUAUGCAUUAAGUCUGUGUGAUGUGAUUCCACAAAGUGCAAUUUAAAUAGUUAAAUAGAGUUUGAUUUUAA